UUGGUGUCAAAACCAUUCGUACAACAUGUAAAUCGAUGGCAGACUUGCUAAACAAAGCCAAUAUUAAUUGCCAACCAGACGAAAUAAUAUUCGUGAAAGAGCAAUCAAUUAACUUUUUAGGUAGUGAUUCCCCAAAACACGUGAUAAAUAACACCGAAUGUAAGAAUUCAAUCUCUUCAAAAUGUUUCCGCCAACUUGCCAAGAAUUAUAUGUCAUAUUUUAAUAUAUCCAAAUCUUGUAAUGGAAAAGAUAAAUGUUCAUUGGUCUACAAUGAUAUGUAUUACUCUGCGGCAAAAUUUGCAAGAUCUUGUGAUCACAGCAAGGGGAGUGACUUCUAUCUAUUAAGGAUUGGAGUUUCCAAUGAAUGUUUUAAUUAUGAAAAUCAAAUUAUUGUCCGCAAAAAUAUUUCGGAAAUACGAUAUGGAUCUCUGUAUUUGAGGUCAAAUGAAACUGGACGAUGUCUCAUCAGGGGAUCCAUUGAAUCAGCCAGGAUCCUGGAGCAGGUUAACAUGAGAAUCAAUGUCAGUGAUAGAAAAUCCCGCCACUGUACUGAGUUGCUUAUCAGUGGAUCGUUUAUAUACGACAAAGACCUGUCGUGUUUAGUGGGUGUUAACGAGUUCUAUCUAGAUAUUCAAACAACGAAAACUAGACCAAGACUGUGGAUGGAAUUUAAAGGAACUUCGUUACAAUUGGAAUGCGGGGACAACAUUCAGUUGCCAAAUGAAUUGGAACAAAAUGAUUAUUCUACUUUAUUUCCUAUGAUAAUGGGGCUUGUUGCUGGACUUUUGCUUCUGUUAGCUGUGGUCAUGAUUAUAAUCAAACGUCGAAAUGCUUUAACGACAAUUGCCGAGACAAGGCAUUGUACCAUGACUGCAGGGACCUCGUUUAAAGGAAUUUGUACAUAUUACAACUAUCACGCUCAUGAAUUUCAAGAUGACGUUCAUGGCGUACAAGAGAUAUCAUCUUCAUUUGAUGAAUAUAUCUACAGCAUGUCAAACAAUGAUGCUGGUUAUGAACAAAUAAUCAUUAAAGAGAACCCGUCAGAUUUUGGGAAAAUCUACGGAGAACAGAGUGUUAAGAAAGAAACAAUUGAUGCCGAGAAACCGCGGGAGGAUUCACGUGAUUCAAACUACGUUACUCCCAGGUCAAUUAAUACAACAGAGAAUAAACCCAACACAUUCAUUGGUGAGGUAGCGGACAAUGUUUAUGCCACUGUGUCUAAAUCAGGUCAUCUGGGAAGCAUCUAUACAGAAGAAGAAUGCAUUUAUGCCGAAGUUUCCACGCCCAUAGAUGGAGAAUAGUCUGUCCCAAGAUAUGUAUGCAGCACAUUUGGACGAUUUUUAAUAACAAUACACAUACCUGUGAAAAAUAAGAUUUUUGAUAAUGUUGAAUAAACAUCCUUUGAACCUGGAGGUAUUCACGAAUAUAAUUUAAGAAAAUGUGCGACAUAAAUGUCUUGGUACAGACUAUAGCUCUUCCAGACAAUUAAGAAAUCCAUUUUAUUUUG